AUGUCUAUGCAUUUGUAUGAAGUGAGCAGUAAACUGCUCGGGGACACUGUUGAGAAUCUUAACGACAACUUGACCUCCGUGUUGCUGGCAGCCUCUGUCAUCACUCUCACUCUGGGAUAUGUUACCAAGAUGCUGCUUAAACAGUCCUCUGACAAGGAUCUGAAUUACCCACCUUACAUACCCUCCAGCAUCCCCUUCCUGGGCCAUGCCAUUGCAUUCGGAAAAAGUCCCAUUGAAUUUCUUGAAAAUGCUUAUGAAAAAUACGGCCCUGUGUUCAGUUUCACCAUGGUGGGGAGUACGUUCACCUACCUGCUGGGCAGCAAUGCAGCCACGCUGAUGUUCAACAGCAAGAAUGAGGAUCUGAAUGCAGAGGACGUCUACUCCAAACUGACUACUCCAGUGUUUGGCAAGGGAGUAGCCUAUGACGUCCCGAACCCUAUUUUUCUGGAACAAAAGAAGAUGUUGAAGACGGGACUGAACAUCGCUCGUUUUAAGGAACAUGUGAAAAUCAUCGAGGCAGAGACCAUCGAGUAUUUUCAGAGAUGGGGAGACAGCGGGGAGAGAAACCUGUUUGAGGCUUUGUCUGAGCUGAUCAUCCUGACAGCCAGCAGCUGCCUUCACGGGAAGGAGAUCCGCAGCAUGCUGAAUGAGCGAGUGGCCCAGCUCUAUGCCGACCUGGACGGAGGAUUCAGUCACGCUGCCUGGCUCCUGCCUGGGUGGCUGCCGCUACCCAGCUUCAGGAAAAGAGACAGAGCUCACAGGGAGAUCAAGAACAUUUUCUUCAAGGUGAUUCAGAAGCGUAGGCAAUCUGGAGAGAAAGUGGACGACAUCCUGCAGACCCUCAUCGAUGCCACCUACAAAGACGGACGACCCCUGAACGAUAACGAGAUUGCGGGGAUGCUGAUCGGUCUGCUCCUGGCGGGUCAGCACACGUCCUCCACCACCAGCGCCUGGAUGGGCUUCUUCCUGGCCAGAGACAAAGCUCUGCAGGAACGCUGCUGCGCUGAGCAGAGGGCCGUCUGUGGAGAAGACCUGCCUCCACUCGACUUUGAUCAGCUGAAAGAUCUCAGCUUGUUGGAGCGCUGUUUGAAGGAGACCCUGCGUCUCCGCCCACCCAUUAUGACUAUGAUGAGGAUGGCUCGCUCGCCUCAGACUGUAGCAGGAUACACCAUCCCUGUGGGCCAUCAGGUCUGCGUCUCCCCAACUGUAAACCACCGUCUGCAUGACAGCUGGGUGGAGAGGAUGGAGUUCAACCCUGACCGCUACCUCAACGACAACCCCGCUGCAGGGGAGAAGUUUGCUUAUGUGCCGUUUGGCGCUGGCCGCCAUCGCUGCAUCGGGGAGAACUUUGCCUACGUCCAGAUCAAAACCAUCUGGUCCACUUUACUGCGCAUGUACGACUUUGAGCUGGUGGACGGAUAUUUCCCCACAAUCAACUACACCACAAUGAUCCACACCCCUCACAACCCAGUCAUCAGAUACAAGAGGAGAAAACAGUGAGAGACUGAUGGAAAACAGUGGAGGGGCAAAGACAAGAGGGAACAGUCAAACAUCACGAGUGUUUGAAGUAAAGCUCAAACGUCCUGGGACUUGAAUUUAGGAAUAUUUAGAUGAAUGCACUUUGCUCUGCGUAAAUGUCCAACUUGUCACUUUUCUGAGCUUCUUGUAGCCCUUUUUUUCUGAAUGUCAACAUAAAUACAUGACUUUCGGAAACGCGUGUUUCCAGAAAUAAUUACAGUGACUGUAUGACUCUGAUCCUAAUAUUCACAAUGUGAAUUCCUCAAAAUAAAGUAAUACAGUAACACAGUGCGUUGAUGGUGGGAACCCUAGCAAAAUUUAUUCAGUGGAGAACUGCAAAACCAAGCAGAGGGUCUUGCUUUAGCCCAUAGUCUGAUAACAGCAAAACAGCACCCACUGUAAAUGGCUGUAAGCUGCAGGUGCACAGAGAGCCUGAAUCAGCUGUUGUGGGAUGUUUCCACACUGUCACCGAGCAUUUUGCUGGAUCGCCAUCCCAUUUACACAGAAUCAGAUGGGACACCCAAAAAAUGAUCUCUAACUAAAAAGGUCAUGGCUCAAAAGCUGCAAUCCACAACAUCCUACCUUUUAGGAGGUAAACUGUUUUGAACCAUUUUCCUUGCUGUGACAUAAACUUUGAAUAAAGUGUUUUGAAGGUGACCUGAACUUAUUAGGAGCUUCCCACCCUGAGUGAACGAGCACCGACUGAUCUUUUGUGUGAAGGGCAAGUUAAAACAUCCCACUGCACAAUGUGAUGUUGUUUACAGGACACAGAAAUGUCUCCUCUUUACAGAAAAUAUUUUGCUUAUCACGGCAUAUUUUGGUUUAUUUUCUUCCAUGUGAUUUCCGUUUAUCUUGUUCCAGAAGAAACUGUUAAUAUUAAACAUGUCUAUUCCUAAUUCCUGCAAACUGUAAAGAUCACUCAUCUUGACAAAAUAAACAUUCAAGUGUUUUGCCUA